AUGAAGGUUCUGUACACGAAUUCAGCAGCUAGUGUUGAGGAGUGGAUCACCAAUGCUGAAGGUUCCCUCGAUUCUUCUGCUAGGAAGAUUGUUGGUCUUGAUGUUGAGUAUGACAAACUCAGUGGUACCUAUUUCAAUCCGAAGAAAGCUGCUGUGAUCCAGCUAUGUGUUGGCACCGAUGUUCUUGUGUACCACAUAUGCCAUGCUGAUGAGAGGAGUGAAAGUUUGGUUGAGUUUCUUCAUGGCUUUAGGUACAUUUUUGCUGGUUUUUGCACCACAGAAGACUGCAAAGUUCUCUCACGUUCAAAUCUCUAUGUUCAUAAUCUGAAGGAUAUCCAGGAAAUAUGGAGAGAUCCGGACAAAAAGAAGAAACUUCAAGGCCUCGAAGGAUGUUGUCUGGAGCUAUUAUAG